AUGUGGGUUGCGACGGCGGCGCUGGCGCCGGCAAAGGGAAGAUGGAUGACGUCUGUGAGUUGGGUGUUGUCGACCUGUUGGAAGGUGACGGCCUUGGUCGGUUUUGUAGGAAUGGUGGGCUGGGAUGUUAGUGGAGACGGGCUGGGAGGUAUUGGUGGUGUUGGGCUGAGUUUGAGGGUGGGUGGGCUAAAGUUUAGAUUGGUUGAUGGGAGCAGGCCCAUAGAGGGGGAGGCCCAACGUAGGGCUAUGAUGGAGUAUGGGCUGGGAGGUAGAGGGUUGAUCGGGCCCGAGAAGCGAGUCUUUUUUGCUGCGAUAUUUGCGUGGACAGGCCUUCCCUGCCUUGCUAGACGGACGGACGAGAGCGAGCAAAGAUGUUUGAGACUGAUGUCCAUGCAAAACUCUUAUAAUGGUAAUGUUGGUUCAACAUUUUAUAUCAAUGAUAGAGAUCCAGAGACCCAACUUGGCGAGCCAUCACAAGAUCAAUUAGGUGAUGCUAGUGAUCUGUCGAGUGGACCCAUAAAAUCGUGCAGCUAG